GAGCUAUCAUGGCGGGAAAAACGCUUUACGAUAAAUUAUGGGAUUCGCAUGUGGUGCAUGAAGAUGCAGACGGCACAUGCUUGAUUUAUAUUGACCGACAUUUGGUGCAUGAAGUGACCAGCCCGCAAGCGUUUGAAGGUUUGCGUUUAGCAAAUCGCAAACCUUGGCGUUCGGAUACGAUUGUCGCGAACCCUGACCAUAAUACGCCAACUAAAGAUUGGGCCAAAGGCAUUGAAGACCCGAUUUCACGUUUGCAAGUAGAAACGCUUGAUAGCAACAUUAAAGAAACUGGUGCAUUGGUUUACUUUCCAUUUAAACAUGCGAAUCAAGGCAUUAUCCACGUAAUUGGGCCUGAAAACGGUACGACCUUGCCAGGUAUGACUGUGGUAUGUGGUGAUAGCCAUACUUCAACCCAUGGUGCAUUUGGCGCAUUGGCGCACGGCAUUGGGACUUCUGAAGUUGAGCACGGCCGUCAAUACGCGCCAAAACCAGCGGAUUGGGAUAAUGCAGUGGCUUAUUGGAAUACAUUGGCAACGGAUGCUGAUGCAACAUUUGAUAGCGUAGUUGAGUUAAAAGGCGCUGACAUCGCCCCACAAGUGACUUGGGGUACUUCGCCCGAGCAAGUAUUGCCAAUUAACGGAUUGGUGCCAGAUCCAGCACAAGAAAAAGAUGCAACUAAGCGCACCAGUAUUGAAAAUGCCUUGAAGUACAUGGGGUUAACCGCGAACACGCCAAUUGAAGAGAUUAAAUUAGAUAAAAUUUUUAUUGGUUCAUGCACCAAUAGCCGCAUUGAAGACUUACGCGCUGCAGCGGUGGUGGCUAAAGGUAAAAAAGUGGCUAGUUCUAUUCAAUUAGCCAUGGUAGUGCCUGGCUCGGGCCAAGUAAAACGCAUGGCGGAAGAAGAAGGCUUGGACAAAAUUUUUAUCGAGGCAGGUUUUGAAUGGCGUGAACCGGGGUGCAGUAUGUGUUUAGCGAUGAACGCAGAUAGACUCAGCCCAGGUGAGCGUUGUGCUUCAACCUCAAACCGUAACUUUGAGGGUCGCCAAGGUCAAGGCGGACGUACGCACUUAGUCAGCCCAGCGAUGGCGGUUGCCGCAGCAGUUGCAGGCCAUUUUGUUGACGUGCGCAGUUUG